AUGUUCGAGAUAUCGGAUUUCCUUGUUGGGGUUUCCCUUGCAUUUCUGAUUUAUAUCGGUCUCCAAAAACUUGGCAAUGCCUCAAAGCGAGCUCCUCUUCCCCCGGGACCAAAGGGUCUUCCUUUACUAGGAAACCUGAGCGAUCUUCCGCCGCCCGGCGUGUUUGAAGCGCAUCACUGGUUGAAGUUCAAGGACAUCUAUGGACCCAUCAGCUCUAUCACGGUAAUGGGACAGACAAUCAUCAUCAUAAACAACUGGGAACUUGCAUCGCAACUGCUGGGUAAAAAGUCCGCAAAGCAUUCCUCCAGACCCAAGAUUAUGAUGGCAGGCGAAAUGGUUGGCUGGGAAAACUCUCUUGGCUUCUCACCAUACAACGAUCGCUUCAGAACGUACCGGAAGAACAUGGCUCGAAUAAUCGGAUCGAAAAGGGCCGCGGCAAAGUAUGACAGACUGCAAGAAGCUGAAGUUGCUCAUUUCUUACUGCAUGUCUUGGACGACCCAGAGAGGUUCAUUGACCAUAUCAGAAAGGAAGCCGGCUCAGUUAUUCUGAGAAUCGCUUACGGAUAUACAGCUGAGCCGUUCAAGGAAGACAUACUCAUAAGAAUGGCGGGCCAGGCCAUGGAUGAUGUAACAGCAGCUGGUGUCCCUGCCGCGUUCCUUGUUGAUAUACUACCCCUAUUGAGAUACGUACCAGACUGGGUUCCAGGCGCGAGCUUCAAGAGGCUUGCCAAAAAAUGGGCUUCAGAACUGGACGAUCUUGCCGAAAAGCCUUAUGCUUUUGUCAAGCACCAGCACGCCUCGGGUAAACAAGAUAACUCAUUUGUCUCACGACUUCUCGAAGUUGGAGAGUCGACAGAGGAAGCGAGGUUCACGACCAAGUGGUCUGCCUUGUCACUGUACGCUGCCGGUGCUGAUACGACCGUCUCUUCCAUUUCUCUGUUCUUUCUAGCAAUGAUAUUGUACCCUGGUAUCCAGGAGAAUGCCCAAGAGGAGAUUGACGGCGUAAUCGGCAACGAGAGACUGCCUGAUUGUUCAGAUCGGCCAAGUCUUCCUUAUGUUAAUGCGGUAGUUAAGGAGGUUCUUCGAUGGAAUCCAGUAGUCCCUAUGGGGCUGCCUCAUACAAGCACUGUAGAUGAUGUGUUUGAGGGAUACUUUAUUCCCAAAGACGCCCUGAUCAUGCCCAAUAUCUGGUACUUUGCCCACGACCCUGAGAUCCACCAUGAACCGAUGCGCUUCAAUCCGGAGCGCUUCUUGUCUACCGACGGCAAUCAACCUGAACAAGACCCGCAUGCGUACACAUUCGGCUUUGGGCGCCGCGUAUGCCCGGGGCGUGUCUUAGCCGACAAAGCAUUAUUUCUCAACAUCGCCCAGUCUCUCGCUGUAUUGCAUAUUAGAAAAGACGAAAAUGGUGCUCAACCUGAACUCCUAUUUACCCCCGGGAUGAUCAGCCACCCCGAGCCGUUCAAAGCCGCUAUUACGCCCAGGUCGCCACACCAUGAGCGACUAAUCCGGUCAUUGGAGCAAGAGUUUCCCUGGGAACAGAGCGACAGCCAUGUCAUAGAGAAGAUGCAGCGCCAAGCAUCGUGA